CUGUGCGUCUUAUGUGGGCUUAAUCAGCGGCGAGCAACCCAUAUUUGUUGCGCCCCAGUGCAUCGUGGGUAACAUCGCCCACGAGAUUCUUCACGCUCUGGGUUUCUACCAUGAACACACGAGGAUGGACCGCGACCAGUACGUCACAGUCCUCCCCCAGAAUAUUAUGACGGGGAUGGAGAGAAACUUCAAAAUGCAAUAUGGCCAAACCUUUGACCUUCAUUAUGACAUUGGCUCUAUAAUGCACUACGGAAGUGGGUUUUUUUCAGCCAACGGUCUUCCCACCAUUUUAUCCAAGAGUGACAUGAAGGACAUGGGACAGAGAAAAAAAAUGACCGCGACGGACAUUGAGAAAGUUCGACGUCUCUACAACUGUGGUGGAACAAAAAAGGAGCUGAAGACUGAAAUCAGUGGUGUCGAGGAGGAAGAUGAAGUGCUAGACUUGAUCCACAAUGUGGUGUCUGAACUCAAGCCCAUUAUCGAAGGCUCUGUUUCUACCAACAAACCAGAGGAAGAUCACAGACCUGCUACUGCCCCCCCACCUGCCUCACUGCAGCACCUGGAUUCUGCCACUAGAGGGCAGAAUAACACCAACUGAGAAAACUGAUUAUGAAUAAAACUAGUAUAUUCACAUAGUAACUGAUGUUUACAGUGAACUAACAUGCAGAAAAUAAAUAUUAAAAUCAUAUAACUGA